CGACGGUGGUAGCUAUUGUGGCAGACGAGCGUAUUCAUAAACAAACAAAACUGCUCGUGCCUAAGACGUCCCCCACUACCACACCCUCGCCCUCACACCCUCACUCUCACUUUCCUCCUCACGUUCCUCCUCACUCACAUUCACAUUCACCCAUUUAUCAAUUGCUCUUUAUACAGUCCGGCGACUGCAACGACUGCAACACCAUCGACACACUGCUCAAGCGACAAAGUCAACCGACACUCGACACGACGAGCACUGACCAAGCUUUGGCAACAACCGCAAUGGCGUCGACCCCCGCGGACGGCAAACGGCGCCCUCCACCCAUUGCCAUUCCUAAAAUUCCGUAUCCUGCAAUAGCUAGACCAGGCCCCAACGCAUUCGCGAUUGCGGCUCAGGCAAAGCAGGAUGGAGCUUCUAAACACCAAGAGACUGGUGAUGGCGACCACGAGAGCGCUGCCCCACGCUUGCCUCGUGCCUCAUCAACAAAAGCUACAUUCACCCAGCCAGAAUCUACUGCAACGACUGGUCUCAAGGGUCGAGCUCGUGGUCUAUCGCUAUCCAUUAAGAACCGACAUAAGCCAACGCCAAGCAGCUCUAAUGUCAGUCCCGCUGAGCUCCAGCAAGCGUUUGACGCAGACACACGUACCGAGCGAGGUAGAAUCGAAGCUGAGAAAGAGCACAAAUAUUUUAAAAUGAUGGGCCAAAUCCCCAACACGCCAGCACAGGGUACUGAUGGUCCCACGGUGAACACUCAUCUACAGACGAUGGACCUGAGGCCCAAGUUCCCCAGUACAAGCAAAACAUCCACAGAUGAGGGUAAUGAUCGUUCAAAGGGCGACAAGAAGAAGUUUCUUGGCGUCAGUCUUCCGUCGUUCAAGAUCCCAAGCAACAUCGGCCAUGAUCAUCCAAAACUGUCCGUGCCUGGAAAAACCGGCAGGACUUUGGACAUCAGUCUACCACUCGAGACACUUCAGGACAAGGCAGCUAUCCAUAAGUCUCUGUCUUCCGCAGCUUCUCACUCUACCAACAUAGCGGCAACACCUCCCUCCGAUGAUCCUGGUCAACAUACCUAUCAAUAUCGUAGCUACCAACGCCGUCCAAUCGUCGACCUUGGAGUUUACACAUACUCCCCCGAGCGUGCACAUGCUAGAAAGCCUUCGGCAACUGACUAUACCGAUAUCGAGCGUACCCCGAAGCAGUCACAAGUCCGCAUGUCAUCGCCAGAAUCGACAACAGCACCAACUCCACCGCAGAAAGACACGCCACCAAAUGUCGGGUAUGCGCCAGCUGUUGAUUGGAUUCGCAAAACGUCGGCCGCGGUGCCCCUUGGAUCAGCAUCACGACGUAAAUAUGACGCUGGCAAGGGCAUGGCGAUGCAUGAAGAGACAAUGUUCGCAUUGGAUCCCAACUACAAAUCGGAGCCUGCUUAUAGUCCCACCAAAUUUGGUUCAUAUGGUGCCGAAGAUCAUGCCCAGCUGGUUGAAGGCGAGCACAUCAAAUCUGCACGUGCAGACGUCGAUCACGCAAGCAUUGAAUCGCAAGCAGAGUACAGCCAAGCCACUACAUCGCGUGGGCAGGUUGGAUAUAGAGAUGAUGACGAGGAUACUAACGAAAUGGUGCAGCUGCACAAGCAUUUGCCUGGCUCGUCACAGAGUCCCCUUGAUCAUGCAUACAUGGGUUACAAAUCUAACGUUGAACAGCAUCUAGAAUACCUCCCCGCUACUACGUACCGACCCGCCUCUCCCGAUAUUCCUCGAAGUGGAAGCGAUGCAGAGACCAUAACAGCUGCUGCUGUAAACCAGGUGGAUGAUGAUCGUGCCCUGAAUGAGUCGUUCUCAUCAUGCGCUGCAACUAGUGGUUCCUUCAGCCGUUCCGCUCAGGAUCUGAUUCAAGGACCAUCUAAAGGCGGCGCGGCUCGGACUACAGUCGGAAUCGACAGCGACUUGCCUCCACAGCGUUCUACACCAGAUUCCCGACACAGCUAUUAUCGUGCACCUCACUUCAAAGCUGACAAAAAGGAUGUCGAAAGCUCGCGUGACUCGCUGCCGUUGUCAGAUAUGCUCAGCGGAGUUAGUCCAUCUAAAAUCAAGUUCGAGAAGUUCGCACCGCCGAGUGCAGUACCGAGCCCACUCCAUCGCCAGGUCCAUCUACGACCGAUCCUAGAAACAUCAGCAGGAUCAAGUCACAUGAGCUCGAGUCAAUCCACCGAAUUCAAUACCCGUACGCCUUCUCACCCAACGACCACUAAUCCUUAUGUCGAAUCUACCGGUACCCGGUUCACUCGGGAUACGGAAUAUACACCCGUCAAUGAGAAUUUGGACAAUGCAGCGAGCACGCUCUAUGAUCACAUUAACAAAACCCCCGAUAGUGACGUGGAGAAAGGUUCCACCAGCGAGACGGUGCAGAAUCGACUUGCAGCCAUGCAAGAUCACUUCGCGAGCUUAAAGACACAGAUCAGCUCUAGUGGCAGCAACGAGGCCAUGGAGAAUCGACUUACGAUGAUGGAGGACAAUUUCGAAGGUCUCAAGACGCAAAUCAGCUCAAGCAGCGAGAAGGAGGCCAUGAUUAACGAUACUCUGGCCAACCGACUCGCAGACAUGGAAGAACAAUACGAGAAGGAAGCGCGCAUCAACAAGUCGUUGGCAAAGCGUCUUAGCAUCAUGGAAAACUUGUUCAAGAACCUCGGGGAGAAGACGGUAAAGUUGACCGAGCAGACCGAGAAGCUCAUGUCGCCGCUUGGACAGAUCACCGAGGUGACGGACAAGCUCAACGCCCGGCUCGACGCGCAGGUCAUUUAUAACCACGCAAAACUCGAGGAGCUCGGUGAGCAGAUCUCAUCUAUGAGCGAGAAGCUCGAGAAUCAUAUCGUGUCCAUGAAUGAGAAGCUCGGGAAGCAUAUCGUGUCCAUGAAAGAGAGGUUUGAGCAGCAGAUGGUGUCCAUGAAUGAGAGGCUUGAGCAGCAGAUGGUGUCCAACGAGCAGCUCGAACAGCAUAUCCUGGCCUACAACAAGGAGUUCGACAAGGAGACCUUCUACUACCACGAGAGGCUCAAGUUACACGUGCAGACGUCGGACAAGAAGAUCGAAAAUGUCAUGAACUACACCGCCGAGUCACUUGACCAGUGGAUCGAUAUCAACAAAAAGAUGCUUGAGGAGAAUAGUAGAACCAACAAGGACAGAUGGGAGGCCCUCGGCGCAAAGAUGAAUGCGUACAUGACCUCGAACGAUAGCAAGCUGGGCAGGAUCUACGAUCAGCUCAAGUCGGACGUGUCGAAGCGUCUGGACGAUAUGGCGCGUGGUCACCACGACAUGGCGGAUCGUUUCGGGCAAUUUCAGGAAGCCCUUAGUGAGUUGGUUCGGCCCAUGGUAGACGAUGAUGAUGAGGGUACCGCGCCAUCUGGACAAUCUCCGCGUUCGCUCGCUCCUCGCGAUGCAUCUCAGGCAUUGGCCUCCAGCUCCGACGAAAAUCCGGGCAAGGCGACUGGUGACUCGAUGAAGCGCAGCGUCCAGAACUGGGCCUCGAGUCUCAGCCGUAAAAUGAGCAGUGGCAAGUCACGUGGCGGUUCCAAGAUGGGCCGUCAGGGUAGUCGUUCCGACUCCGGCGGUCAUGGCAGUGGUCCCUACACGGGCACUCCGGCUGGUAUUUCCAAAGCUGAUAUUGCCAAAUCAAGCAGUCAUGGCGGCAGUCCCAAGGGUCGGAGCUUCGGCACCUUGUAA